GGUGCAUAAAUGAAGAACAACAUAAACACAUCAACUUUUAAAUUUUAAUGAUUUGUUAUUUGAUUUUAACAGGCAGGUUUUAUUUUUUGACUUAAAUUCCUGCAAAAUCCAACUGGAUAAAGACGAGUGCUUGUUGCUGGACAGAAAGUAGCCAUCAUGUUUACGGCUUAUCAAAGGUAUCAGUGCUCAUCAUGGGAAUCAACAAACUGAUCGUCAUAGGUAGAUGUGAUGAAGAAACUGAAACCUAAAACGUUAUAAUAUGGAAAUUGAGAACGUUGCUACUUACUUGCUUACUUAUGAUUUUUACCCCGUCUGGGGCAUAGGCCAUCAACAAGAAUUUUCCAUUCAUCACGGUCCUGUGCUUUCCUUUCCAAUUGCUUCCAGGUGUAUCCCAUAUUUUGCGUGUCUGCCUCUAGCUCGCUUCUCAAAAAAUUAUUAGGUCUUCCUCUCUUUCUUUUUCCUUAUGGAUUCCAUUUUAGGCAUUGUCUGGUGAUGCUAUCUGAGGGUUUUCGGGGAGUAUGCGCUAUCCACCUCCAUCUUUUCUUUAUAUCUUCAUCAAUGGGCACCUGGUAUGUCCUUUCUAGUAUAAAGGUCUUUGUUGGUGAUGGUAUUUGGUCAUUUAAUGUUCAGGAUAUUUCUAAGGCAUGUAUUUGUGAAGGUAUGUACUUUUUUCGUAAUGCUCGCUGUUGUUUUCCAGGUUUCUGCUCCAUUUUUAGAACUGUUUUGACAUUUGUGUUAAAGAUUCUGACUUUGGUUUGCAGUUUCCGUUACAGCGUGGAGAAAUCAAGAGAUGAAUUCAUAACCGGUGAAUGAACUGGGGGCAUAUUGACCAAACGUUUGACAACACACUAAAUUAAACCAGGGUUAACACAUUUUCAAUCUAUUUUAGUUCAUCGAUAUUUCCCAUUGAAACCAUAUUUUAAACAGCGGUUCCCAGAUGAACUUGAAGCGGGUGCAAAUAGAAGGUUUUGAUUUCAAGCUUAAUAGGUUCCUUGUCAAAAAGUUAACCGAUAAGCUGACAUCUUCCAUCACUGACGUCAGUAUUUGCUGGCACCAACUUUGAGAGCUCCUGGGGUGGGGGGGGGCAACUAGUGGCGUUGUCCUGUGAUGUGAAACAGUCGUGGAGCGCCAUCAGUGGAGUACCUUCAGUGGAGUACAAUCCGUGGAGUACAAUCCGUGGAGUACAAUCAGUGGAGUACCAUCAGUGGAGUACAAUCAAUGAGUACAAUCAGUGGAGUACAAUCAGCGGAGUAGAAUCAGAGGAGUCCAAUCAGAGGAGUACAAUCCGUGGAGUACAAUCAGUGCAGUACAAUCAGUGGAGUACAAUCAGUGGAGUACAAUCCGUGUGGUGUUUUGGAGGGUUGCAUGUGUAGAUUUAAAAGAGGACAAAACGUUUUACCUAUUAAAAAUGUUUUGCAUUAAACAUAAGGGUUUUAGAUAGACAGACAGACAGAAAGACGUAUUGAUAUAUAGAUAGAUAGACAGAUAGAUAGACAGAUAGACAGAUAGACAGACAGACAGAUAGACCGGACAGACCGGACAGACCGGAGAGGCCGGACAGACCGGACAGGCCGGACAGGUCGGACAGAUCGGACAGAUCGGACAGAUCGGACAGAUCGGACAGAUCAGACAGAUAGAUAGAUAGAUAGAUAGAUAGAUAGAUAGAUAGAUAGAUAGAUAGAUAGAUAGAUAGACAGAUAGACAGAUAGACAGAUAGACAGAUAGACAGAUAGACAGAUAGACAGAUAGACAGAUAGACAGAUAGAUAGAUAGAUAGAUAGAUAGAUAGAUAGAUAGAUAGAUAGAUAGAUAGAUAGAUAGAUAGAUAGAUAGAUAGAUAGAUAGAUAGAUAGAUAGAUAGAUAUGUUUUAAAUUAUUUUUAUCAUUAUUUGUAAUUUCGCAAAAUGCAUAAUCUUUAAAAAAAAAAUCAAUGUUCAGCACCAACCACAUUUGUACUUAGUGUCCUUAACCUUUUUUUAAAAAAAUUUUUAGCAAAAAUUAUUAUGAGUACCAAACUUUUGGCGCUUCAAGGCUUGGCUUUGAUGAGAGUGUUCAACUACUGGCUAUGUUUGCCUGCGUUAGUUAGAACUGUUUACUCCUUAAUUCAUGCACCUUUUUACGUAAUAAUACGUUUUCAUUUCAGGCACUAGAGUAACUGGUAACACUCUCAGCAUGGUGCCGGUGCUUUGGGUAUGUUUGUCGGCGACACUCAGAUUGGGCUUUGGUGGCAGUCCUGCACUGACAUUUCAAAUAACAAGCAUCGAUAUUCAUUUUGAGUCUGAUUUCGCUGAACAGUAAGUUUCGACUGACCAGUAUGUUUGACUGACAGUAAGUUUGACUGACAUUGACAAGUUUCAAGGACAAUUAAGUUGGAAUGACAAGCAAGUUUGACCGACAAGCAAGUUUGACCGACUAGCAAGUUUGAUCGACAAGCAAGAUUUGACCGACAAGCAGGAUUGACUAACAAGCACGAUUGACUGACAAGCAAGUUUGACUGACAAGCAAGUUUGACUGACAAGUAAGUUUGACCGACAAGCAAGAUUGGCUGACAAGUACGUUUGACUGACAAGUAAGUUUGACUGACAAGUAAGUUUGACUGACAAGUAAGUUUGACCGACAAGCGAGUUUGACUGACAAGUAAGUUUGACUGACAAGUAAGUUUGACUGACAAGUAAGUUUGACUGACAAGUAAGUUUGAUUGACAAGUAAGUUUGACUGACAAGUAAGUUUGACCGACAUGCAAGAUUGACUGACAAGUAAGUUUGACCGACAAGUAAGUUUGACUGACAAGUAAGUUUGACCAACAUGCAAGAUUGACUUACAAUUGAGUUGGAAACACAAGAAAGCUUGACAACUUCGUUAUUUUAACUUAAAUUUAUAUUGAACAGACCUGCGCUUGAAUUAUCGCCAGUCUUUGUUCUAUGAAUGAUUAGUUGCACGAUGCAACGCUCAUUUGAGCACCAUAAUUUUAAGAUCUAUUUUUCAUUCAAGAAAUGUCCAAGGGCUCCCUACCCCCCGAGCCUCCAACCCCCCCCCCCCCCCCCCCCCCCCCCAGGCUCAGCCGUGAACGUUAAGCUAGCAUACUCCACUCCACAGAUUUCUGUCCUGCCUCUGCGACACGCCCCCGACAGAUUGCACAUUGUACGGUGAACGGCUCGAGGACUUAAAAACGUACAGGAUCCUGGCAGUCCAGACCACCAUGCGUAGAGCCACCGAGGUCUCACCGGUCCACAACUGCGCCGUCAUAUUCGGCAAGAAGGAUGUCGCCGUGAGGUGUACUAAAAUCACGCAGCGAAUCUAUCACGGUGAUGCGUGUCUGGCGGUGAGGCAUCGUUCCGGGAAAGGGAGGUGCCACAAUUUUGUCGGGAUCGUGUGGAAUUCAAUCGAGUACAGCGUGGUCAGGGACGACAGCGUCUUCGAGGUCCUGCCCUGCAGAGAAGCGUUCAACGCUGAACGGAUGAGAUCCCAACUGGCAAGGUCUGAAAUGAUGGACAACGCCGUGCUGAUCGCCAGCAUCUUCCUGGGCGUGAUGUUUCUGGUGAUGUUCUUGGCGAUACAGUACAUGAAACCCAAGAGUUAUAGACCUGCCCGGCAUGCCUAGGAGGACAGCAAAGACCCAUUUAGAAAGUAUACGGAACGGGCCUUGCAAAGAGUGGGUCGAGCUAUUUUUGGGACAAUUUGACCCACUCGCCCCCCAUCUGUCACAAGCUGCUUCCCCCCCCCCCUCCCCAAAUGC